AUGCAAAUGGUCAAGGAUGUUCUAGCCAACAGUGAUAAAGUUUCAGAGGUCCUACAAGAGUCUACUCAUCAGUUCAACCUGCUUACUUCACCCACCUUCCUACCAAAGGUCAAGGAUCAAGGGAAAUUCACUCUCCCUUGCACACUUGGGCAUCUUGAGAUUGACAAUGCCUUAGUGGAUUCUGGAGCAAGCAUCAAUCUGAUCUCUCUCUCCAUGGCAGAGAAGCUAGGCAUAGCUGGAGCCUUGCAGCGCCCUACUACUUCAAUCAUGUUUGGAGAUGCAACUUCUAAGUCUCCUCUUGGAGUGUUCAAGAACUAUCACUUGAAAAUUGGAGAAUGCAUCAUCCAAACUGAUCUCACUGUGAUGGAAAUGGAAGAAGAGAAGGAUUUGCCUUGUUAUUGGGAACCCCUUUCCUUACCUAGAGGUUCAGACUUUUGUGCCACAAUUGACAGUACCAAUCUCAGUUCUAAGAGUCAUGGAGCUACAAAGGUUGUGAAGGAAAGGGUUGACAAGGAACCAAGAGUUGGGAAGGAUAAGGAUGAGAGAGGACCAAGGAUUGAGAAGCCACGUCUUGAGAGGGCUAGAGUUGAGAAACCACGAUCUGAUAGGCCAAGAGCUGAGAGACUUGUUCAAGCCCCUUGUGUGCUUGAUGAAGAGAGCCUUCAAGCUUUGUUUGAUGAGCCACUAGGAAGGGCUCUAAAGAAGGGGAGGAUGCAGCCUCUAAGGCAAGACCAGGAGAUAAAAGAAAGGAUCCACCAGCUCAGGCCCCUUCAGUCAAGCCAUCUCAGCUCACAAUGA